AGGAACAAUACAGCUGGAUUUUAUUUGUAUACAGAUCUAGUGUUAAUGCAAUGAUAAUAUUUAAAAGAUAUGAAUUUCUUAACAAUGUUAAAAGAUUUCCAAAGUAUGGGAUGCACAGAUCAAAGUAAAUGCGCGGUUGCCUGUCGCGUCUACAUGGAUUUGAUGGAAGAUAAACGUUACACCGAUAUAGAAAAAAUAUUUGACGAGAACUUGAAUAUAAUUUAUUUAAAAACGCAGUUUUCGACCAAUGGCUUAGUAACUAUAUUACCUACGCUGGACUGCCAAGAGGUAGAUUUUCAAUUGAUUGAACAACUACAGAGAAAAAAUGAAAAUAAAAGUUUAACUUUAGCUAUUUGCGAUACAUCGUCAAAUAUUUUAUACUAUAAACUUUCCAAUGGUUUUGUGGACAAAACAUGACUGUUUUUAGGCGCCUUCUAAUGUUAAAUAAAGCACUCUCUUCUCUUUUCAUUUCGUUAAACACAA